CCUGGUGCUGCUCAGCCGUCACCUCCAUGGGGUAGCCGGAGAGGGUUAAAGGGCACAAGCUGGAAAAAAGACACCGGAGAAGAGGCAAAACCACAGAGGAACCUGGAGGUCCACCGGGGCUGGAGAAACAUUCCUAGAUCAGGCCCUUUGACAUUGCCAUUGGAAGGACACAGAGAGAGAGAGAGAGACAGAGAGAGAGAGAGACAGAGAGAGAGAGAGAGAGAGAGAGAGAGAGAGAGAGAGAGAGAGAGAGAAAGAAAAGAGAGGCUCCUGGCUCUGAGGUCUGUAACACCACCUCAGCACACGCUGGUGUAAACAGAGCCCUGGCCCAGUCUGGCUAAUGGUGCCUGGGGUGCUGAAAGGUUAGCACAGGGACCCUGCUGGAAGGAGGCAGAGCAUUCCGCUCUCUUAACUGGACAAAAGCAAGACUUCUGGGUGUCAAAGCAUUCAUUGGAUUUUUAUGGGAAUGAGAGAUCACAGUUCUCAGUGCUGACGUCUUUAUGGAAACCUCCGAAGCACCACGGCUCACGGCGUGGCAUGAAGGAUGUUCCCUGCUGCCGUAAACCAUCUGAAUCACAACCCGAUGCUGAGCAAGCAGCUUCAGGUCUGAGAGAGCCCGGGUGGAGAUGUCAUUCAGCCGGGCCACGGCCAGCUCGGAACUGCUGGCUCCGGACCGGCAGCGUCCUGCUCCACCCGUCUUCCUCCGCAAGCUGCGACGGGCUGCAGUGGCAGUGGGCUGUGACAUCCGACUGCGGGUGAGGGUGGAUGGGCACCCACGGCCCUCCCUUCGCUGGUACCAUGACGACAUGGCCCUGGCAGCCGACGACCAGGACUACGGGGGGCUGUGGAUCCGGGACUGCCAGCAGGUGGACAGUGGACUGUACACAUGUGUGGCUACCAACAACCUGGGGGAGGCCCGGACCUGCGGUCCACUGGCAGUCCUGGACCUGGGGCAAGACUCAGACAACACAGACGAUGAGAAUGGGGAAUCCCAGGUCUCCAUGGAGACAAAAGAACGAUCCAGGGUCCUGCAAAGUCAGGCAGCCAGCAGUCAGAUGUCAGGUGGAGGGAAGGCAUUGGUGGCCCCCCUGCUGGGACCAUGUGACGGUCCCGUAGUGGAGAGGGAGAUGCACACACUGGGCUCCAGAGCCCCGGGGCCGCAAGACUCUCUCCAGCCCGCCAGGCAAGCGAGCGCUGGGAGCCACUUGUGCAAUUGUACAGGGGGAGCAUCCCCAGUUAUCCACACACAGCCCUCCCAAAAUGCCCAGAGCCCCGUAUCUGCUUCCGUCUUUACAAGCACUGUAGAUUCAACCACAGCCCACAAUGGCAGCAAAAAGCCAGAAGAGGAAGCAGAACUCCCUGACAAAGCCAGACCCUCCCUAUCCACCAUCUUACCUCAGAGCAGUGGCUCCCAGGACCCAGUCGCGCUAGUGGCUCUGAAACUCCCUCGGACGGCUCCCAAAAUCUAUGACAAGGUUAGAGCAUUUGAGCAGCGCAGACACAGCGUCGAUGCACUAGACGUACCCACGAAGGGGGUGGCACGCACUGGGGUCGGCCAAAGGGCAUCCUGCCAUGUCGAGGAUGGGGCCACCGAUGGCUCCGGGAGUGGCUCUAAGAGGGCCGUGUUUAAACAGAGGGCCUCCUCGCUGGAGGAUCGGCCCAGCUACACCCAGAAGGUCCAGUGCUUUCAAAGCCGAUUCUCCGAAGAACUUCAGCGUAUCAAGAAACACGCUGGGAGACCCAAUAUCCAGAAAGCAUUCUCAACCGAGCGCCUCACUGUCACUGAUGAGCGGCCGGCAGGUAAAGUCCAGCCGAUCCUGCCAGAGGUGAUUGCUAAGUUUAGAAAUGCGUUUGAGAAAAAAGGCAACAUUGCCGAAGUUUCCCAAGAGCUGGCAAUGAAGGAACAGUCGUCGCAAACAAAAGCAAAACUUUUGUCUGAAGCUCCCCCAGCUGGAAGCGGGUUGAGAAUAGAUUGCCGAGCGCAGUCUCCUGACAGGCCUGAGCGCCCAUUAAUGAAAGAUUCACAGCCUAGCCGGCUGGUGGAGGAAAUUGUCCCUGAAGCACCAGGGCAGCGUUCACUGUGGCUUGCAGGAAAGACCUUGGGAGCCAGACAGUUGGCUUCGCCUGGCAAAGCGCAGCCUUCUCCGCAUGUCGAGCAGCGUGAGAAAAAGCAAAAGAACACGAGGCCCGAGCCCAAAGCUGUGGGGCCCUUGCCUGAGGACGCGGUGGGCCCGGCCCCCCCAAAACCCCCGAGGCUUCUUGCCACAGCCUCUACGUUCCCCAGGUCGUGGAAGGAGAGAGGAGAGAAGACAGUCCCGCCGCACCCACCCGGGCUGACCGUCCCCGCCCUUCCACCCGAAGACGAAACCCCGGAGGACGGCGAGCCGCUGACAGGACGCCGUCACCAAAAAAGCCCCAAACAAAAAGAGGAGAGGCGAAGAGGAGGAAGAAGUUAUGUGUGGCAAACAACAGCUGAAGAAGAAGAGGACUCCUUGGACGACCCCUACAUAUCUGCUGAAGAGGUCCCGGCGGGGGGGCCUGUGUUCAGGCUCCCUCUGAAGGACGUCGUGGCAGUAGCAGGCUCAGAUGUGACGCUGGAGUGUGUCAUCGUGGGAAAGUCUUCCCAAGUGACGUGGAGAAAAGGAGGUGCGAGGUUGAGCGCCGGAGCCGGCUGUGAGAUGAAAACGGAGGGGGGGCGACACAGUCUCCGGAUCAGCCUGAUGAGACCCUGCGACGCGGGCACCUACUCUGUCACGGCAGCGGGAGACGGGGGCCAGACGGUGUCCUGUAGUGCCACGCUCUUCAUCCAGUCAGAGCCUGUCAGGGUGCAGGGUUGCCCUUUGACCUCCACUCUCGCAGCCUCUGAUGUCGAGUUCCUUGGCCACAUGGAGGAGGCCACGGACUUUGGGGCGCUCAGCAGGACAGGAGCGAUCCGUUUCAAAGAACCCCCCGCGUUCCAGGUUGCACUGAGUGACCGGGCGGCGAGGGAGGGGGAAGAUGUCACCAUGUGUGUGCAGGCCUGGGGACAGCCAAAGCCAAUGGUUUGCUGGCUGAAGGAUAGAAUGAAUUUCAGAACAGAUGGCCAACACGAGCUCCGUGAAAUGGACAAUGGGAAAUACGAGCUGAAAAUCAAAUCUGCUGGGAAAAUCGAUGGCGGAAUUUACACCUGCAAGAUCAUAAAUGAGUAUGGUACCAAACAGUCGGAAUGCCGACUGGAAGUGAAAGAUCUUCCUCCUCCAGAGUUGCUCACCAUCGCCAGCCCUCUGCAGGACGUGAGGGUCUGCGCCGGCAAAACAGCCCUGUUUGAGUGUCAUGUGAGCGGACCGCAAGAUGCGGACGUGGACUGGCUGGCCAAUGGCAAGCUCAUGCAGCCUGCUCUGCUGGACUGCAAGAUGCACUUUGAUGGGAAGAGGUGCUGUCUGCUGCUGAGGUCUGUGCAUGAAGACGACAGUGGCUUUUACACCUGCAAAGUCAGCACUGCCAAAGAGGAGGUCACUAGCAGCGCCCAGCUCACUGUCACACCGUCGGAGGAACCCCUCUUCACUAGAAAGCUGGAGGCACUGGAGGUUAUGGAAGGUCGAUCUGCACAUUUUGACUGUAAAGUCAGCGGCACACCACCCCCUGAAGUUACAUGGAACCACUGUGACCAGCCAGUGGUGGAGAGUGAGAACAUUCACAUUCUGACUGAGGGCGGGCACCACUCUCUGCACCUCUCCUACGUUACCCUGGAAAGUGAGGGGUCGUACGUGGCCACGGCUCGGAAUGCUCACGGGUGGGCCGAGAGCUCCGCCGAGCUGUACGUGCAGGAACCGCGGCAGGUCGUUUCCAGUCAGAUGUCGAGGUUGGAGAAGAUGCCAUCGAUCCCAGAGGAGCCGGAGGGGCUGGAUGGAGAUCUUGAGCGCAGGAUCAUGCCAGACUUCCUUAAGCCCCUCAGCGAUCUGGAAGUGCUUGAGGGUAGGGAGGCCAUGCUGGUGUGUAAAGUGGCGGGCACACCAUACCCCACCAUCACUUGGUACCACAAUGGGCAGAAGAUCGACAGCACCUAUGACAGGAAGAUGACACAGUACAGGGAUGUCCACAGUCUGGUCAUUCGUUCAGUGUGCCAUGCCCACAGUGGCGUGUACAAAAGCGUCAUCUCUAAUAAGGUUGGGAAAGCCACCUGCUACGCCCAUCUUUAUGUGACAGACAUAGUCCCUGAACCCCCUGAAGGACCUCCAGUGGUUGAGUCCAUUACGGGAAGAAGCAUCACAAUAAGUUGGAAAAAACCAAAGAAUCUUGAUCCGUCUAUUGAUCCUGGUUGCCUCAUGUACGCGGUUCAGCAGCAGGCAUUGGGGUCCAUCCAGUGGACGAUUGUGGCGUCCAGUCUGAGUGAGACGUCUUACACCGUGACCGCUCUCUCAAAAGGAGUCCGAUAUGCCUUCAGGGUCCUGAGCACCAGCGGCCGAACGUUCAGCAAGCCCUCGCCACCUACCGACCUGCUUAUGCUCAUCGACAGGGGACAAUAUUUGCGGAAAGCGCCAGUCAUCCUGGAGAAACCUGAUGUUGUGUAUGCGGUGGAGAACCAGCCUGUUACCAUGACGAUAACCCUCAAUCAUGUUCAAGCAUCAGUCACUUGGAAAAGGAGAGGUGCAGCACUUGUGAACAAGCCUGGCGCAUACGAGAUGUACAUGCCUGAUGAUCAUCAGCAUGCGCUGAAGAUAUCAAGGGUGAAAGGAGGAGACAUUGGCCAGCUGAUUUGUAUGGCAAACAACCAGUAUGGUAGUGAUCUUUGCACUGUCCUGCUGGCUACAGCAGCUCCUCCUGCCUUUGAGACCAUCAUGGAGGACUUGGACGUGUGUGUUGGUGAAACAGUUUGCUUUACUGUAGUUGUCGGGGCAAAGCCUGACCCUGACGUCCUGUGGUACAAGGACAACAUUCUGCUGGUGGAGAGCUGUCACUUCACCUUUGUGUAUGAGGGGAGAGAGAGCACCCUGCUCAUCUCCAGUGUGCAGCCUGCAGACUCAGGAGUGUACACAUGCAUCGCCAGGAACCUGGCUGGAGAAGUCUCCUGCAAGGCUGAGCUCACCGUCCACACUGAAAAACAGGUCGAGGAGAAAGGUGAACAUCUGGAAGACAAAGGUGCUAUUCUGAGAAGGAUGCGCAGACUAACAGAUUACUACGACAUCCACAAGGAAAUUGGCAGGGGGGCGUUUUCAUAUGUUAAACGGGUUACCCAGAAAAACGGAAAGCUGGAGUACGCAGCGAAGUUUAUCUCCACACGAGUGAAAGGGAAGAGUGCUGCCUUGAGAGAAGUGGAGCUGCUGUCUGGAGUAGACCACGAACGGAUCCUCUACUUCCAUGAUGCGUUUGAGAAGAAGAAUGUCGUGGUCAUCAUCACAGAGCUGUGUCGUGAGGAACUUUUGGAAAGACUGAUGAAGAAGACCACCAUCUUGGAGACUGAGAUCCGGUCUUGCAUAUGGCAGAUUCUAGAGGGGAUCAUGUAUCUGCAUCAGAAUGACAUUAUUCAUUUGGAUAUAAAGCCUGAAAACAUCCUCAUGGCAGACCGGAGGAGUGACCAGAUCAAGAUUUGUGAUUUUGGGAAUGCUCGUAAACUCACUCCAAAUGAAGCCCAGUACUGCACAUAUGGGACUCCGGAAUACAUCGCCCCUGAAAUUGUCAACCAAACACCCGUCUCCAAAGCCACAGAUAUUUGGCCAGUGGGAGUUAUAACUUACUUGUGCCUCACUGGGGUCUCUCCGUUUGCUGGGGAAAAUGACCGUCACACACUGCUCAACAUCAGGAACUCUAACGUAGCGUUUGAGGAGAGUAUGUUUGCAGAGUGCCGAGAGGCCAAAGGAUUCGUUAUUAAGCUUCUUGUGACAGACAGAUUGAGGCCUGAUGUGGCAGAAUGUCUUCACCAUCCAUGGUUCAAUACUCUAACAAAGGGAAAGAGUAUCAACACAUCGUUGCACAAGCAUGUGCUGGCCAGGUCGAAAUGGCAGCGUUCACUCAUCAGCUAUAAAUCUAAAAUGAUGAUGAGUUCCAUCUCAGAGCUGCUCAAUGACUCAUGCAGCCGCGUGUCUCUCGCUGUGCCGAGGAGCGUUAAGGAGGGCUCUCCACCUGUGUCGUCGUCAUCCGACUCCGACGAGGAUAUUGACGAGCUGCCGUUCGUUCCCAUGCCUCUCACGAUGAUGUUCUCGGGGUCCCGCAUGUCUCUCAACGAGAUCCACGAAGAUGACACUGUCUCAGUGGGAGCAGCCAAAGUCCCACAGCGAAACCUCCGCGAGAAUGAGGAAAGCGAGCACCACGUGCUGUCUGAUGGGGAAGACGGCAUGGAGGAACGCAUAGAGGCUGCAGAUGGGACUGAGCAGGCUGAGCUGGCCCUGCGGAAAGGCUCGAGCAUGGAGGCGGAGCAGGCAUCGACCAAACCCAGGAGGCGUUUAAUGCGCAGGGGAAGUUCUGCUGACAGCGCCCUUCUUCUCCACAUCACACCCAUGGAAGGAGCUGCUUCCCACAUGCCUUUGGACGAAGGACAGAAGAGCAUGAAAAAGGCAGCGUCCAUGGACUUACCGCAACGGAGCAAUAGUCCCAGCCCGGGGAAGCCAAGCCAAGAGGACUACGCCCUGAAACUGGAGCUCCUGAGACACAGACUGAUCAGAGGGGGCUGCAUGGAUAAGAAGUUGAGUGGGCUUCGUGGUCCCCUGUUUGAGACUCUGGGCAUGGAUGAGGAAAAGAAGUCUCAGACGCUAGACUGCAACUUGCGGACACUCCGAUUGGGUGGCUUGGCGUGUACCUCCUCUGCUGACAGACCCGGAGAGAGCCCACCCAAGACCCAGGCAUUCCGGAAGAGCAUCUCCCUCAGCCAAGUUGAGACAGAACCUGUGUCCCUUCGCAGAAGGUCCGGAGCACCUCUUGAAAUCCCAUCAGCUGAGGCUGGACAGUCCAAGCUGCACAAAGAGUCAUCUGUACCUGCAGUUCCAGAGCAGACCAAGCUGGAAGCUCCACCUGAGCUUCCAAUAGAGCAUACUGAAGGAGUGUCUUCUCCAAACCUGGAAGAACAACAGGUAACAGGAGAAGAGGAGAAAACAAGAGAACCUCUCUCUCCUCGUUUGUUACAGCACAAUAUUAAGAAAAUUGACAAGAUGGAAGAGCUCAGGUCUCCUUUACCCACAAAUGAAAGUCAUAGACUUCCUGAAUACAGUUUGUCACAUGACAUAUCCUCAUAUGAUUCAAGCACAGUACAGCCAAAUGCUAAGUAUGAUCCUUCAGGUAAACAUAUACCAACCUCGAAGAUCUCAGAGCAAGAAACAAGCACAGAACACCUCGCUGUCUUUGCCAGCAUGUCUAUUUCUUCUCCAACUCUCAGAACCGAUAUAAAAGACAUUGAUUCAGAGGAAGUUGAAGCGAGGUUUAAGAAGCGAGAAUCAUCUCUAACACGGAGCUUGAAGCGUUUAAAACCAAAACCAAGACUAGAGGAAAAAUCCCUGUUCUUCCACGGAGGGACAGGUGAAGAGGUUUACCGACCUGGUCCAACUGGUGCACCACUGGAGUUUGUGUCAAGAGGACUGCAGGAGAAGUCAAAGUCAUUCCAAGACCUUCGGGAAGUGGACAAGGAUCCUGGCCUCGGACUAAGUAGGCUCUCUUUGCGUGUGAAAAAAAAUUACAAAAAAGAGGAAAUGCCAAACGAGGAAAACUCAGAUUCUUCUGCUUCCAGACGAAGAGUGACCUGGGCUCUGGGGCGAAGUAAGUCCCUGGAUAAAAGAGCAGCAGAGACUGAAGAUAAGCACAGUGAAAGAAAUUGUCAAGAAGUGGAGCACAAAAAGGUAGCUGACUCACCAGUCCUUGCAAUGCGGCGCAGAUUUGAGUCAAAGGUCUUGGGUAUGUCUGACCGAAUACAUAACAAGUCACAGGAAAGGAAAGACAGUAAAGUAGUACAGUCAGAAGUGAGUGCGGAGCUCCCAAAAGAUGAGGAGAUACAGGACAUCCAAAAAGUCAGUGAUUCACCAAUUCUAGCAAUGCGCAAGAAGUCUGAAUCAAAGUUCUCCGAUUCUUUAUUAAACCGAAGUCACUCUGAAGAGAGAAACAUAGGAAAAGGAGCCAAGGACGAGGGAAAGAGGACGCCCCUGCUUUCACGACUCCGACAUUCCCAGUCCAAAAGCAUUGGUUUAAAGAAGAUGGCUGUUCCUGAGAACCAGUUAUCCUCACAGACUUCCUGCACUGCAUCCAAAGAGUCACUAGACUCCACAUCCAGCACUCAGUCUACAAAAUCAUCGCAAACCCACGAGAGAGACUGCAGGUCUAGGUGGGACAGGUGGGGCUUGUCAAGAGGGAAAAGAGACAAAACACCAUCCAAGCCAAGCAGUCCCUCCACCCCUGUAGAAGACCAGUCUGCGCAGCAGUACACUCCAUCUGCCUCUGAUUUCCCCCCAGUAUUCCAUAUCAAACUGAAGGACCACAUUCUUUUGGAUGGCGAGCCAAUCACCCUGACUUGUCUCCCAGCUGGUAGUCCCCAUCCAAGCACUGUGUGGAUGAAAGACAAGAAACUUUUAGAGACUGAUGACAGAAUGAACAUGAUGGCCAGCCCAGAUGGACGGCACCUCUUGAUGAUUAUAAACACAAGCCAGAAAGAUGCUGGACUUUAUGAGUGUGUGGCCACAAAUAACUUGGGCUCUGCCACCACGUCCUGCAUUUUAACCUUAGCUCAUGUUCCAAAAUGCCCAGGGACCCCCGAGAUUCCUCAGAUAUAUAACAACACGGCGCUGGUUGUGUGGAAACCAGCAGAGAGCAAAUCCCCCUGCACGUACACGCUGGAGAGGAGAAGUGAAGGUGACCCAGGCUGGCUGGUCGUGGCUGCUGGGAUUGCUGAUUGUUACUACAAUGUCACCCGAGCUCCCGAGGGCCUCACCUUCCGUUUCCGUGUGGCAUGUGUGAACAAAGCAGGACAGGGCCCCUACAGCAGUGUCUCAGAGAGGGUCGACAUCAGUCACAUCCCAGGUAUGAGCCAAACAGUAGCUCUGGUAUCUCCGCCUCCUGUAGCUCCGCCUCCUGUAGCCCUGCCUCCCCAUGCCAACACCGCUGCUGGAACACUGGCGCAGCCAGCCGUGCACAGUCCCUCUGUCCCAGUGUCUGUGGUGGCGUCCGUCCCAGCCUCUCAUGGGCCCCUGCAGACCAGCGCAGCCACAGCCCCCUGGCGGAAGACCGCUACGAAUACUGCACCUGAACCACUCUCCUCCAGUUCUGACCCCCAGACUGCACUAUCACCCCGCUCACCCACUCACGUCAGCCCUGUCCCAAAGGAUGCCAAGGCAUGGCCUAACCUCACCAUUAGCACCGAUCCAGUGGUCACUGUCACCCAAUUGCCGCCCAAGGUCAGGUCCAUCCCUCCUUUGGUCCCUACCAAACCAAACAGCCCCAUAAAUGUGGUUCCCCCCAUCACGCAAGUCCAGUCAGUGCCCCAGAGGUCGUAUACAGCUCCUCUCUCAGUGGGUCGACUCAGUUCUCCUCUCCCAAAUUACAUACCAGCCACCAGUGUUCAAACGGUUCCAGCCCCUGUUGCGCCUGUGGUUCUAACGAACAGCAUCAGUCCUAUUGGGGACAGCACAGCCUCGCCCGGGACAGAGACCCCCACGGGGAGGGUGACCCCUUCCACCAAAAGUGAGACCAUCUUGAGACAGGGAGUUCCACAGAAACCAUACACAUUUCUGGAUGAAAGAGCUAGAGGUCGAUUUGGUGUGAUACGGGACUGUCGGGAAAAUGCCACUGGGAAAAUGUUCAUGGCUAAGAUUGUGUCCUAUGAUCAAGAGACCAAGCAAACAGUGAUGCGGGAAUAUGAGAUCUUGAAGUCCCUUCACAAUGAGAAAAUCAUGGCAUUACAUGAAGCGUACGUCACACCUCGCUACCUGGUUCUCAUUACAGAGCACUGCAUGGGCAAGGAGAUCCUUUACAGCCUUAGCGACAGGUUCCGUUACUCGGAAGACGAUGUGGCAGGCUAUGUUGUCCAGAUCCUCCAAGGUCUGGACUAUCUGCACAGUUGCCGAAUUCUCCACAUGGACAUCAGGCCAGAUAACAUUAUGGUGACCCGCACCAAUGUCAUUAAGAUUCUAGACUUUGGUAGCGCUCAAAGUUUCAACCCCCUCUCCCUGCAGCACUACAGCCGAGAUCUGGGAACUCUGGAAUAUAUGGCUCCUGAGAUGUUGAAGGGAGACGUCGUCGGACCUCCAGCAGAUGUGUGGAGUUUAGGAGUUCUCACCUAUGUUAUGCUUAGCGGCAGGCUGCCAUUCCAAGAGAAAGACCCACAGCAGACAGAGACCAAAACACACGCAGCAAAGUUUGACCCGACCAGGCUCUACCCCAACGUUUCCCAAAGUGCCUUGGCUUUCCUCAAGAAGACGCUAAACGGCUAUCCAUGGUCGCGACCUGCUGCCAAAGACUGCAUUGUUCACUCCUGGCUUCAGGACUCCUACCUGUCCAAGCUGCGUCGGCAGACGCUGACGUUCACCACCACGCGGCUGAAGGAGUUUCUGGCUGGGCAGCAGCGUCGGAGGUCGGAGUCGGCCACCAGGCACAAGGUCCUCCUCCGAACCUACCAAGGUGGGCCUCAGUCCCUGGCCUCGCCUUCAGUACCCAACCCACCAAGCACACCCGUCCCCCAGUGCGAACCUUCAACCCGGGCGUGGGCUCCGCCAAACCAAAAAUAAACAGAGGCUCAUUUUUUCUUCUCUGCCACUUUGUGUAGGAGUGGAGAAGGUGGAACUGGUCCAAGUUUUGAAAAGCUUUAGACUUUAAUGACCGCUGUUAAUGUGUGUCGUUAAUAGGAUCGUAGUGGCAGUUUGAAUUGUAGUUGUUUAAAAAUCGUGACACAAAUGUAAUAAACAUUACAGACCACAGAGCAAUAUGUGUUUGGCCUUUGGCUGAGAAGUUUAUUGACUGUUUAAAUUUAGUUUCAACACACCCCAUUUGAAGAGAAUCUAUGAAACAGGUGAGCACUGCAGAGAGACAGGUAUCACUGGCCCGUGUAUGAAGCAGAAAACCCAGUGUCUUCCACACGUCCACCGCACACUUUGAUGUUUGCUGUUGCUCCCCGACUGAAAUUUCUCCCCUGGGGAUGUUUAUGAAUGGAUCAGAAAUGUAGAGAAAUCCUCUGUAUACUGCCUGUAAAUGGUCUCCUUUGUGUGGAAGGCUUCCAGGCUCACGUACGGUUUCAGAGUGCGAUUGUAAAGAGGAUGAUGGGUUUCAGUUCACAGAAUGACUUCCUGGAGAUCUGAGCGUCACGCAGAUAUGUUCUAUGCGCCUGGUGUUAACCUCCAGUGAGUCUGUAACUAAAGACUGACAAUUUACAUCGUGCAUGUCCGAUUUGUUUUGGAAUGACGUUGGCUGGAACGUCUGUAUCUGAGUAAAGGGAGAAGGAGCAGGUAUAGGAUAUAUUGCACAGUCUCAUGGUGAGCCCGCUAGCCGUGAUUACCGUUCCAGUGUCAUGACGACAACAUUUCCUCCACUGCAGCUGUGUUAAGUUAUUCUGUUUAAGUAUUUACUUCACUGUAGCUGCAUCUGCGUGUGUUACUCAGCCCCAUGAGUCAGCAUGCUUUCAUAAAGCACUCCUUCAAGCAAUAGUCAAUGUGGACUCGAGUGAAUUGGAAGUUCAGAUCAUAUUUCUGCUGCUUCUGUAAAAAUUGAGAGUGGUGUUAUGCUGAAGUGUAAAUAUGUUUGCAAAAGUUUUCUUUUACGUUUCCUUUUGAAAGCCUCCUUUUGCAAUUUCUUUAAAAUAUGUCAUUUGAAAGACAAAUGUGUUCAUUAAAGAAAAAAAGACUCUCUU